AUGCCGAUGCCCAAAGUUCUGCUGGUACUCUACACCAUUGCUUUCCAUCUGGUAUCGGAGACAAACCAAUUCAAGGAAUCUGGAAGUCGGGCAGUACAGAAGUGUCUCCAAAAGACAAAAUUGUUGAUACAGCUUCUCAAAGGAUAUGAUCAUCGAAUUUCUCCGAACUUCGCAGAAGACAAACCUGUGCCGACUACUGUCUACAUACAGAUAAAUGUGGACAGCGUGGAUUCGUUCAGCGAGGCGACCAUGGACUACUCGCUCCUCAUCUUCCUACAGCAGAAAUGGACGGAUCACAGACUAGCCUGGCAAACCAGUGAUCAUCACGAACCUCUGGAGCUAGAUGCUAAGUUCAUGGAUGCGCUCUGGGUGCCCGACCUGUUUUUCUCCAACGAGAAAAGUGGCUCUUUCCACUUUGUCACAGUCUCAAAUAAAAUGAUGCAUCUCUUCAGGAAUGGAUCUAUAUUAUACAGUAUUAGAUUGUCCUUGACCUUGAGUUGCCCAAUGCAUCUACAGAAGUACCCGUUCGAUUCGCAAGUCUGCAAUAUCACCAUGGAAAGCUAUGGCCAUACUACCAACAGUAUGGUGUUCAGAUGGUACCCGGAAGUGCCCCUGGACAGGAACCCAGCCCUGCAGCUUCCACAAUUUGACCUGCUGUCAACCCCGGUCUCAGAUUGUACAAAAAUAUACGGCGGAGCCAAUUACACAUGUCUGCAAGCGAGUUUAUUCCUGAAGCGACAGGUGGGAUAUUUUGUCAUCCAGAUUUACGUACCUAGUAUUCUCAUCGUGGCACUCUCCUGGGUCUCCUUCUGGCUCAGUGCCGAGGCCAUCCCUGCACGCAUUUCAUUGGGUGUCCUCACCAUCCUCACCAUGACAACGCAGACUUCCGGUGCCAAUGCCUCCCUACCACGCGUAUCUUACAUCAAGGCCAUCGAUAUCUGGAUGCUGUCCUGUCUUCUCUUCGUCUUCGUGGCCUUGUUAGAGUUCUCCGUCGUCAAUUACAUUAGUCGGAUUGAGAAGAUUGUCAUUCCUAAUGAGAUGAAACUUGCUUCUCAGAAAGAUCUUACUACUGGUCACUUACCCACGAGCAAUGGAGACAAAAAGAGGAGAAGAUCUAUGAAGUUCUGGGUCGGCAAGAAAAAGGCGAUGUCGGUGGACCGAUGUUCACGUGUGAUUUUCCCAUUAGCUUUUGGUCUCUUCAAUUUGGUCUACUGGCUAGUGUAUAUGACGUAAUCAUCUCUGUUAAACGCCUUUGUACAGUAUUGCAUUAUGACAUGUUAUAUCGAUUACAUCAUUUUACGAUAAUGUAUCAGCUAACAUCUGCCUUUAAAUUAUUACAGCUUCAGCCUUCAUGUACACACUAAACGAAAAAAGAAAUAACAGCUGUACACACUAAACGAAAACAGAAAUAAAAGCAUGAUAAAAGCAUAAAAAAAUAAAAUAAAAUGCAGCGAUAAAAUGAGUUUACCUAAAGCAGUGACAGUGUGACGACGAAUGCAUGAUCGCACAUAAGAUAGGCCUGCAGGCUAGGAAACUCGACUUGAUGCAUGGCUGCAGGCUGGUAAACUCAGCUUUGUACAUGGCUGCAGGCUAGCAAACUCGGCUUGGUGCAAAUCUGCAGGCUAGGAAACUCGACUAGAUGCAGAUCUGCAGGCUACAAAAAACUCGGCUUGGUGCAUGUUUGUCUUACACAUGUAUCCCCAUCCCGAAUUAAUAAAUAAUAGUGAAAUAAUUAAUAUUGCACUAUACAUUACUUAAGAAUUUAUUGAGUUGACGUAGAUAACAUUAGUUUGGAUCGGUACACGACAUAAACAGUGUACCGAGGUUGCAUUCUAAUGGAUAUGCCCGCAUUUUAAAAACUGUCACGUAACCUGUUCCAGCACACCAGGGCAUUCUUUCCCCCUGGCUCUGUCAUAAUGCUGGCAGCCGUCGUACAAGUGAAAACCUUCUUGAAUACAACAAAAUGCCAAUCAAAUAAAUGAAUAUAUGGGACAUCGUAAAAUUCGGUCAUGAUUUUACAAAAUGUACCGUGUGAGUGUACGGUAUAUAAGGACAGUAAACCUGAUGCCAUUAUCUUUUGUCCGUGUACAUGUAUGUGUGCGCAGAUCAAACACAUUGUCUGAGCUGUUGAGCUUAGUGUUAAAUUAACCAGUUGAUAUACUAUGAACGAUGGCGUUUGACUUAUUUCGUUGCAUUCAACAUUAAUUUGUCGUAUUAAUUCAUACCAUAUGACGUAUUCAUAUUGCUGCCUUACCGGAUGAACAUAUUUACGUACACAAGGAGCAAAGAUACUGUGCAUCAUUGUUCCGGUUACAACCUCGUAGGUGUACAGUUAGACAGAAGUAGCCGUUGAACAUUAGACGUAUCUGUAGGCAUUUGUGAUCGAGCAGUCAUUUUACCAUCCUUGUACGUUAUAGUACACCCACUCUCAGUACAGCUUUCUUCAAUUAAUCGCUCUUGUAUUCAAGUACUCCAGAAUGAAUUCUGAUUGGGUGUUGUUUGCCCUGGACAAUAGCACAGCUAAAUUCAUCACAUGCUGUACACAAAGUCAGAUUGCAGUUUGUCUGUGCCCGUGUUUCAGCUGAAUAUGUUGUAUCUUGUAUCCCUCACUCACAAUCAGGGUAGAACCUGAUCCGUUUGAAACAGGACAUUUGGUCGUAUCACUUGUAAGUAUGCAAUCAAUGUUAAUGAUAACAACGUAGUACUUCUGGAGUCCGAGUUUUGGUGUUCGCUGUUAUAACAUUAUAGCUGGUGUUCAGCGAACAGAUUUAUUGCUCAAAUAAACUUUAUAGUGCUGAUUGGCAUCAUCACAAUUGUUACAA